AUGUCCGUGCUCUGCCUUAAACGACGUUACGGCAAGGUAGCCCGCCUUGCGAUGCCCAAUGUUAAAAAACGCAUCACAGCCCACGCGCCUGCGCAGUCGCUGAUUUACCAAAGUUAAUGUAAACGUACUUUCGAGUUGAAGCCAGGACGCAAACGUAUUUGCGGCUGGAAAACCCAAAUGUCUCGGCCUCAGGGCUGCCGGCGAUGAAUUUGUGGGAAUUAACUGGCUUAAAAUGGUAGCCAGUUUCCUAAACUUGGUCAUCGCAAACAGAAACACCAGUUACCUCACUAAACCGUGAGAUGGCCUCAUACAAAUCCCUAAACGAAGGAAAUUUUUGUCCAUAGUGAAGUCUUUGGAAAGCCUCAACAGCAACGUCGCCUGCCGCCAUUGCUCCUAUAACGUGCUGUGACCUUGACAAAUUCAAAUACCCGCGCAUAGAAAGCCUGCCCAAUCAGCUGACGGGCUCCCACCAAUCAUCGGCAAGGCACAAGGCCAAUCAGCUGACUGACUCCACCAAUCAGAAAACCGAAAUGAGAACCAAUAAGGGCAGGUGACGUGCAGGUGACGUUCCGCGACGUCGUUGAGCAGUUCAUCGCGUUUGCUGGCUGUUCUGGAUGGUGAUUAGUUACUUUUAGCCUUUUCUCCGCUUCUCUUUUGUUUUGUUCGAAUCGUUCCCCUAGCAGCCGAAAACUACGUUUCUUAGAUGGCAGCACGCUGCAGUGUCCAGCUUUUCCUUAUGUGAACACGAUUGUCUUAGAACAGUCAGAGCUACUUAAGCCGCUGCAGCCCCGUAAAGUCCCACCCUUUUAGCCUUUUCUCCGCUUCUCUUUUGUUUUGUUCGAAUCGUUCCCCUAGCAACCGAAAACUACGUUUCUUAGAUGGCAGCACGCUGCAGUGUCCAGCUUUUCGUUAUGUGAACACGAUUGUCUUAGCACAGUCAGAGCUACUUAAGCCGCUGCAGCCCCGUAAAGUCCCACCCUUCAUUUUAGGAGCAUUCCGCCAGAUCGUAACCCUAGGGAUUUAAUAGCUUGCUCGAUAAGGGGUGUCCGGCAUAGCGGGUGAGAUAGGGAUUUAAUAGCUUGCUCGAUAAGGGGUGUCCGGCAUAGCGGGUGAGAUAUAUUACACCCGUGAGAUGGUGCGUGAGUUCGAGGCUGUUCGCACCGGUCCGCAACCGCGCUUUCCGUGGCUGACAACAGCAACAAAAUGUUGUCGGGGCUGAAGGUUUGGACAACUAACCGAUGACAGUUUUAUGUCACGUACUUAUUUUUAGAAGAACUGGUCAUGAUAACCGUUCGCGUUGUUUACUUAUUUUUUUAACCCAAACUUCGAAGUAGAGGCCGUUCACACGAAAAACUGCUUCUAAUUAACAGAAGCUCUUAAGGGCUGCCGUGGUUACUCGAAACAACACAACUUUCGCGAUGAACUGUUUUGUCUUCAACACAAAAUGCGGCCAAGCUAUUCAGAAAGGCCGCACCCUUCUAUUAGUUGCGUUUUGUGGUAUUUUCAGACAAUGAAACGAGAAGGGGUUGCUACCGAUGUCCAAGUUACCCCUCCUUUUUAUAGACAAGGGCAUUCUUUUCAAGCGCAUGCUGAUAGUCUUAUUAAAAAAUGAUGAAGGCCUCUUAUAUUGCACAAAUUUGCCGUAAUGUAAAUCUUCUCUAUCAAGAAACGAACAAAAGAGUUCCAUACAUUUUCUGAUUAUAUCGAAUUUAGUGAGCACCAAAAAGAGUAUUCUACGAGUUGAUCCUCCCCUCUUUAUCGUGGAGCGAGUCCAACUGGAGUUUCCGGAUACCGUAUGCAAAACGUCACAAAAGUAGUUCUGGCUCACAUUUGUCCGCUAUACUGUUUGUGAAUGUGUUGCCUGCUUACUGGCCGGGCAAAACCUCCUACUUAAAGGCUAAAGACUCUUGAUUUUACGUAAUAAAUCUCAAAGCCGACGCUGUAUACCAGCCCUGUGUAUACCAGCUCAUCUGUGUAGAACCUAUCGCAGGCCGAAAAUCCUAGUAUAAUCCGUCGACAGGGGUUUUAUUAUCGCAAUUACCCAGGCACCGUGUUUCUUUCAUCUAAACCAGGGAUGUGAACUGACUAGGCAUCCACUUGAGCGAAAAGAUAGAUAAGGCGUACGGAUCAGGCUUAACUGCACAAUUUUUAAAGUUCACUAAACUUAUUGGGAAUGUCCGAUAAGUCCGGUCUCACAAACGCUGUUCAGUUAAUUUUGAAACUCAUUCGUCCCAUCCGUCAAAUUCAUUUUUUUCUUUAUUUAUGAUGUACAUUUUUCCAGUGUAUUAGGACAUUAUUGAAUCCUACCUGAACUUGCGCCUCCUCGCUGACUGCCUGGAUGCCAGGGAUAAGGAAAAACCUGCAUGUGGUAAGAAAAACUUAUGCUUCGCGCUUCUUAAUUUCACGGCAUUUUACGAAGUUCUGUAGCAAAUAGAUGUGCGCAAUUCCGCACGAUUUCUGAGCCACACUACGAGUGGACGCUUUCAAAGGUGGCCGUGUAUAUCAGUAGUAACUUUUUAUUGCGUUCAUCUGCUGCGUUCUUCUAAGAAAUCGUUUGCCUUUAGACAUAUACUUCUCGGUUAGCAUUUAGCUUUCUGCAACCAUCUGCCACGGACAUAUCUUGGAAGCGUCCCGCUAUCCCAAUAGUGUUGAAGUUUUCGGCAGAAGUUCACGAGUUCACUGUUAGGGUUGCAGAUGAUUGGAAAUGAAACUGGAUUGGCUCAUGUAGGACUCUUUUUUGACGGAUAUAAUGACUGCUUACUUAUAACGCAUCUGAUAUUGGGCAGUCUUAGACAGGUUAACUUUUAAACGUAUGGUUUGGCGUUGACAUGCAGGUAGCAGUUCUCGUCCUUUCCUCAUAGUCAUUCCUUUCUGUCAUCAGAGAUCACUAGUACAGGUGAGGACAUGUGGAAAUAAUUUCUGCCCGCCACUGCAUAUUUUAGUGCGUACAGAUAUGGAGCGUUUUUAUGUCACUUUGUGUGUUUGCAGCCAUCUGCUAUCACCUACGCAUGUGUCCAAUUUCCCGCCCUUUAUGAGGGUGAAUUUACAGCUUCCGAGUCGUCGAAGACUUCGGACUUCAGUUUAAAGACUUGUUCGCCAGUCAGUCCGACACUGUUACAAUUAAUUGUUAAUUUUUCCUGCAUGGCCGACUUUAAAAAUUCCCCAAUCACCCUCACGUUUGCGGUUCCCAUUUUGCCUUUUGGAGACUAAGACAAAGGAAGCUGCUCUGUAAUUUAUAGGACCGUCACAAGGAAUACUUGUCGUCAUGGUAGGAUUUAAAUCUGUCACAAUGUCAGACUUUUUGUGUUUCUUUCUUAAGCCUGCGGAAUUCAGGACCACUUUUAUUGCGGCCUAUCAGAACAACUCGCAUGACACUAUUUCAUUCAGGCGGUCCUUUAUCCUUUCUUGAAGGGUCCUCUUUGGUCAGCGUGCCCCCAGCCUCGUCACCCCUCUACGAACCCUUCCAUCAGCUCCUCGAUUUGACCCGGGGUAAGUCUUCUUCUUUGUUCUCUCCGAAUUUUCAGCUGGCUCGGAUGGUAUCAACUGCCUGCCUCGGAGACGCCGUUUCGAUGCUUCAAUGUCACCUAUGGGCUACUUGACAGAACGACUACGGGUCCUGUGUAGGAGAUGGUCUCUUUCUCUCUCGCCUGCCAUGGCUAUGUCAUUCACGCCGAACUACACCACAAACCACCAUUGGGGUAGGGAAUGCAUUUUGACUCGCUUGCCCUACUGCUAACUGCAGUUUUCCUAAUGUAAUUUAUUUGCCGCCUUCUUUACAAUAAAGGUGGUUUGACUUGAAGUUGCUUAUGUAGGGUGUGAUAGAAACGGAACCUUCAGGGGAUUGUGAUUGUGAUCAUGAAGUCCACUACCUAAAAUGUGUAAGAGCUGUGUACCUGUGUGGCAGUACCUAAUCCCGACACGAACGGUUACCGCCGAAAUCUCAUUACUUACAUUUGGAAGUCGAUCUGGAGCAGUUUUAUGACGACGUUUUGAUCGCCUACAUGAGAUAACUUUACCGCCAAACUCGUGACACAGAAUCAAGCUUCGUUCAUUGAAAUACGAGCCCUUUUAAGGCGUCGCAUAGCGUCCUCUGGUCGUGAACGUCAGCAAGCGCCACACAGACUGUCUGACCUGACCAUAUCUGCCAUUCUCGACUCUUUCAGAAGUAUUAUACCCUUUAGGCCUAGAAUUUUAAGCUGCGCACAUGAAGACGAACGUAUAUUUCCUAGUGGUUUUUUUCGGCAGUCCGUGUUGGGUUGGACAUCAGGUUGUGAACUCCUGUUUGUACGCGCACAUCAACAAAGCAACCGUUAUUUGCAAGUACUAAUCAUAGAGAAAUAAGAAAAGCGAGUGGCCGAGAGAACUGUAAUUUAAAGUCGGAACGGCAGAUUUUAAAAGCCUGAUGUUCUGUCGUGGAGUCACCCGUCUGCGUUCUGCCUGACGCAGUCAGGGAUAUUGUCUUUUUCGGCCCCGGCGACUUCUUUGCACCUAUUUUUAUUUCGCCGUCACUCUAGGCCGGAGACCCUGCUGA